AUGGAAGCACUAGCCUAUGGUGAGAAUUUGGAGGGCGUUCAUUUCCCCAAGGUGAUAACGUGCCCCCACGAGAUGGUCGCCAUGAGCAUGGCAGAUGGAUUUGCUCGCCUUACUGGAAAGCCCCAAUGUGUGCUGGUCCAUGUUGAUGUUGGCACACAGAUGCUUGGAUGUGCCAUGCAUAAUGCGUCGGCGGCACGAUGCCCCGUUAUUGUGUUUGCCGGUCUAUCGCCAUAUACCUUAGAAGGGGAGUUGCCUGGGUCGCGGACAGAAUUCAUCCACUGGCUCCAGGAUGCGCCUGAUCAGAAGCAGAUCGUGUCGCAGUUCUGCCGGUAUACAGGGGAAUUCAAGACGGGCAAGAACAUAAAGCAGGUGCUCAACAGGGCUUUUCAGUUCUCGACCAGCGAUCCAAAAGGCCCCGUCUAUCUCACCGGAGCGCGCGAGGUCAUGGAGGAGGAGAUUGACUCCUACUCCCUGGACCAGAGCGUUUGGGAAGCCGUCCGCCCAGCAGCGCUGCCACUACAAGCAGCGGAAGACAUUGUUUCCUUGAUGGCGAACGCCAACCGGCCUCUGAUUAUUGCGGGCUAUUCCGGUCGCAAUCAUGCAACGGUAUCACAGCUGGUGACGUUGGCUGAAAACAUCCCGGGAGUGCGGGUUCUGGAUGCUCUAGGAAGCGAUGUUUGCUUCCCCUUCAGCCAUCGAGCUUCCCUGGGCGUUGCUAUUGGCCAACACGAGAGCAUUCCAGAGGCCGAUGUGAUUCUUGUGCUCGACUGCGAUGUCCCCUGGAUCCCGACACAAUGCAAACCCCAGAAAAGCGCCAGGAUUAUCCACAUCGAUGUAGAUCCGCUCAAGACCAACACGCCAUUGCAUUACAUCCCGGCCACGGACAGGUACAGGGCUGACUCGGAAACCGCCCUCCGUCAACUCAACGACUACAUUGCUUCCGAUCCUAGGUAUUCGAAUCUGCGAAAGGAGGAACCCUAUCUGUCUCGCUGGGCAGCACUGGCCAACGUCCAUCAGGAGCGGCUGGCCAAGUUGGCAGAGCUCGCAGCCUCACCUGCAGAUGAUUCCCUCUCACCAAGCACUUCUUACCUCUGCAGAAGACUGCGUGAAUCAUGCCCCAACGACACCAUCUACUGUCUUGAAACCGUGACAAACGCUCCAUUCGUCUACCAACAGCUGCAGGUUGACGAACCUGGCCGCAUUAUAAACGCUGGUGGCGGUGGACUCGGCUGGUCGGGCGGAGCAACACGAGGAGUCAAGCUGGCCGCUGACCAUCUUGCAGGCGGCGAGAACAAGGGCAGCUUCGUCUGCGAGAUUGUUGGCGAUGGCACUUUCAUGUUUGGUGUGCCUGCGACGGCAUACUGGAUUGGCGAGAGAUACAAGCUGCCUACUUUGACGGUGGUUCUGAGCAACAAAGGAUGGAAUGCGCCUAGAAAGUCGAUGACGCUGGUGCAUCCCAAUGGCUACGGCUCCAAGCUAUCCAAUGAGGGUCUCAAUAUUUCGUUUUCUCCGACGCCAGAUUAUUCGGGAAUUGCCAAGGCAGCUACUGGCGGUAAGGCCUGGGCUGGUAUGGCCUCUAGCGUCAAGGAGCUUGAAAGGAUGCUACCCGAGGCUAUUUGCGCCGUGGAAGCUGGUAAUAGCGCUAUUCUCGAAGUUCGCCUUGCGGGUUCUUGGUAG